GAGCAACAGCUAAGCCGCCACUAAAUUAGUUCCUUUCUUCUACUAACCCAUUACCUCUAAAAUUCAUAUAUAGUGGCAGAUCCUCUCUAACAUCACUCCACCUGUAACUUUCUUUGUGUUUGUGCUGAGUGAGUGAGAGGGGAAGAGAUCGAGAGAUAGCAAUAGAGAGAAAAGAUGAAGGUGGUUGAGCUCUCCGCCCUCGCCGUCCAGGUGGUCCGGGGCCGGUGGUUCACCGUAUUCGCGUCGUUCCUCAUCAUGGCAGCCUCCGGCGGCAUCUACAUCUUUGGCAUCUACUCCAACGACAUCAAGACCGCCCUCGGCUACGACCAGCAGACCCUCAACACCCUGGCCUUCUUCAAAGACCUCGGCGCCAGCGUCGGCAUCAUCUCCGGCCUCAUCUAUGAGGUCACCCCACCCUGGGUCGUCCUCGCCCUCAGCGCCGGCAUUAACCUCUUCAGCUACCUCAUGAUCUACCUCGCAAUCACCGGCCGCAUCGCCCGCCCCCACGUUUGGCAGAUGUGCCUCUACUUAUGCCUCGGCGGCAACGCGCAGGCCUUCACCAACACGGGCGCCGUCGUCACCUGCGUCAAGAACUUCCCGGCAAGCCGUGGCGUCGUGAUCGGCCUCCUCAAGGGCUAUGUUGGCCUCAGCGGUGCCAUCGUCACCCAGCUCUACCUCGCCUUCUACGGCGGCGACUCCAGGUCCCUCGUCCUCCUCAUCGCAUGGCUCCCCGCCGCCAUCCCCCUCGUCUUCAUCUCCACCAUUCGGAUCUUCAAGUCGACGCGCCAGCCUGGCGAGAGCAGCAAGCCGUUCUAUUGCUUCCUCUACGUUUCCCUCUUCCUCGCCACCUUCCUCAUGGUCAUGAUCGUAGUCCAAAAAAGGUUCACUUUCUCCCACUCCGCGUACAGCGUCAGCGCCGCCAUCGUCCUUCUCCUCCUCUUCCUCCCCCUCGCCGUCGUUACCAAAGAAGAGUUCAAGAUCUUCAGGAAAAAGAAGCAAUCUCUCCAAGACCCCCCACCUCUGUCCGUAGCCAUCGAGACGCCGACGGUCCCCCAACCGCCACCGCCCGAGCCGAAACCAACCCCAGCCACCGCAUCACCUAUCAAAAAGAGCUCACCCCUCUCUCAUGUCAUCCGCAUCUUCAAGGCCCCUGACAGGGGGAAGGACUACUCCAUCCUCCAAGCCGUUGUGAGCACGGACAUGCUGAUCCUCUUCCUCUCCACCAUUUCCGGUGUCGGUGGCACCCUGGCGGCGAUCGACAACAUGGGCCAGAUCGGCCAGUCGUUGGGCUACCCUGCUCGGAGCAUCAGCACCUUCGUCUCCCUCAUCAGCAUAUGGAACUACGCUGGGAGGGUGGCGGCCGGGUUCGCCUCUGAUAUCUUCCUCGCCAAGUACAAAUUGCCUCGCCCUGUGUUGCUCGCAGCAGUCCUCCUCCUCGCCGGCGCCGGCCACCUCCUCAUCGCCUUCGGAAUCCCGGGCUCGCUCUACGUUGCGUCGGUGAUCAUCGGCUUCAGCUUAGGAGCACAGGUGCCGCUGCUCUUCGCAAUCAUAUCAGAAGUGUUCGGUCUCAAGUACUACUCCACGCUGUUCAACUUCGUGCCUCUUGCCACGCCGAUCGGGACGUAUGUGCUGAACGUGAAGGUCGCCGGGAAAUUGUAUGAUAGAGAGGCGGCGAAGCAGUAUGCGAAGCUCUCUGGUUCCUCCGUGGAGUCGUUAACGUGCACCGGAGUGCAGUGCUUCAAGCUUUCCUUCCUCAUUAUCGCGGCGGUGACCGUACUCGGAGCUCUUGUCAUGCUGGUUUUGGUGUGGAGAACUUGGGAUUUCUACAAAGGUGAUAUGCAUGAGAAGUAUAGGGAGGAGUCACAGGGUCGCACCCACGGAGAAGAGAGAAAGAACGAGAUGAUUCCUUAUACGCCUGAGGAGAGGGCAAAUGGGACUUAAAGUAAAACGAAGAAAGGAAAAGAAGAGAGACAAUGGUAAGGCUGCAUAAGCCUAGGCUUUCAUGACCGUGUUUUGAUAGGAUGAACUUAAUUUGGAGCACUAGCCUAUGCUUGUAAAGUGAGAGAUGGGGCUCCUUCCCUGUUAUAGCAGUGCUGUCUCCAUGUAUCCAUAUCCAGAUCUUCUCUAGAAAUUGUGGCAGCAAUUAUAUGCAAUCUAAACCGUUUGAAAUGAAGCAAUGAAUCAUAUUAUAACCCAUUGGCAAGCUUGCUCUUCAAUA